UCAAGGAAUGUUAAAAACUUUGGACUUCCCGGCAGCUAAAUGCUUUACAGGAUUCAAAAGGCCACAAAGCCAAAGAAAUACAAUCCUCCCUUUCCCCCCUUGACUGAAGGUUUCAACUUCUAAGCUGCGAGCUGCAUUCCAUGAUUCAACACUCAACACAGACACAGGCUUCAGGAAGAAGAGGAAAUGUGCUUUCUGACUAAGCAUCCAGUUCUUUGGAUAGUAUCCUUGACUUUUAUAUUUGGUCCAACCACUGCAGGAACACAACCUGAGCAAGAACAGAAUGAGAAAAACAAUGAUGCCUCCAGCCAAAGCUAUUUGGUAGAUGUUUUACGUAUCCUUUCAGCUGAUAACUGCACUGAACAACACCAGAACCAAUCAAGAGAAAUUAUCAGGAUGCUGUUUGAAAGAACUAUGUGUCCACAAAGGGUUUAUGGAUUACAAGAAGACUGUAAUCUGGUCAGUACUCCAAGUAGUAAAAGGAUAUGCAGAAUCCAAAAUUUCCCUGCAACUUCUCAAGCUAGAUCUAUGUUGCAGAGCUCGAAAGGUGGUAAUCUCAGAUUAAUUAGCUGGUUCCAACAGGCAUCAGAUUCAAACAGUAUGCUCAGUUUAAGAAGCAAUGAGGAUUCCAACUAUUUUUCAAGGAAUGAAAUUGAAGAUGUGCUAGAUACAAUAAGAAAACGUUUUAAAAUCUAUGCAAAUCAGUGUGCUCUGGUACAUGUUUUCGGGAAUGAAGCUAGUAUACUGACCAGCAAUGGAGCUGAUGCAAAUACACUUCCCCGUCUGGCCGCUGCCAUACUUACAUCUGUUCUGCAAGGAGCCUGCCUGGGUAAAUUACAUUUACCCUCACCAGAAUUCUUCAUAAGCUACGUUUUCAGUUCUCUAAACAGCACUACUGAACUCCAUGUAACCGAAAUAGACCAGCUUCUGAGAAUGCUAAGGGCUGGAAAGAAUUGCAGCUCAAAUGGACAAACGUAUCCCAGAAGAACAAUUGCAGAUGCCGAACAUCAAAACAUUUCAGCUAAUGGGAUAAUUAUGACCAGUUAUCAAGAAGAUAAUGAAAACACGGGUGAAUGGGAACAGGCUUGUCUUCCUGCAAAUGAGCUUGUAAAAAUAUUUUUCCAUGACAGUCAUCAAGCAAUUUCUAAAGAACACUUCAAGCAAAUAAGCCCAGCAAUAAUUCAGCAGUUAUUAAGUUGUUCUUGCAAGUUUACAGAGCCCAAGAAAACAAAACCUACACCCACACCUCUGGAAAAAUAUGGAUACAGCACUGCUGCAGUCUUGCUUAUUACAAUUGGAUCAAUGUUUGGCACAGCUCUCAUUCUAUUCAAUUCGUGUCAAGAAAGCUACACUCUUAUUUUACAAUUUUUUGUGGGGUUAGCUGUAGGAACCCUCUCUGGAGAUGCUCUGCUACAUCUUAUUCCACAGAUUCUUGGUUCACACAUACAUGAAGCACAAGACACUGGGCAUUUCUAUGAAGACAAAGCACAUGUCUGGAAGAUGCUGGCUUUGAUUGGAGGAAUUCAUGGAUUUUUUCUGAUUGAAAAGGGAUUUGUUCUUUUGGUGUCACCACAUAACCAUCAAAGUUCUGAGGAUUCUGAGCCCAGUGAAAUUUCACCAAAGAAUGCAACCAUCAGAAAACGUAAAAGUUUUCUAGCCAUUAUGAUUCUGGUGGGUGACAGUCUACACAAUUUUGCUGAUGGCUUGGUAAUAGGUGCAGCGUUUUCCUCAGCAACAGAAACAGGUGUGACAACAACAAUUGCUAUUUUAUGCCAUGAAAUUCCCCAUGAGAUGGGAGAUUUUGCGGUACUGCUAAGUACUGGGUUUUCAUCAAAAAUUGCCAUUUUAAUGAAUUUCGUAAGUGCUGUAACAGCUUUCAUAGGGCUUUACGUUGGCCUUUCAAUAUCAACAAACUCUUUGAUUCAAAACUGGAUAUUUACUGUCACUGCUGGGAUGUUUUUGUAUUUAUCAUUAGCAGAAAUGCUUCCUGAAAUGACUCAUGUUCAGUCACAGCGACCCUGGCUGAUGUUUCUCCUACAGAAUCUUGGGUUACUAUUAGGUUGGCUGUGUCUCUUUCUCCUAGCUAUAUAUGAACACAAGAUUAAAAUAUAAAUCUUCUACAAGUAGUCUGUAAAGACUAGAUUGUUGGACAACUCCCAUUCUUGCCAAUGGGAUUCACAACUGGAGAACUUCAAUGUGAACUAUGAAUUUAUUCCGAAACUGCUGAUAUAUUUGUAUUGGAAGCAAAGGAGGUUACUAUUUAAUAUAUAUUAAUUUGUGGUUCAAAUAUCUUUUAGAAUUAGAAAUGGUUAAAUGUAUUGGAUGGGAUCCAAAGUGCAAAGGAUGAUUUCCCUGCCUCUUUCCCCCCCAGUGAGACACUCUCCCACCUGGCUGCUCCUAGAAGAUCAACAGACCUUCAGGAACAGUGCAGGGCAAAGUAGAGAUCUUCAGGGGAAGUGGGGAACUGGCGAUACUCACCCUCCCUUCUCCUGCCAAUUGAAGUGCUGUUCCACUGAUAGAACUGCUGUUUUAUCAGUGGAAUCAUUCCUUUUCCUCAACUUAUUGUGUUUUACUUAUCUGGAAUGUUAUUUUAACAAAACACUCUGGUUCUUUUGUUAUGAAUCAUCUUUUUAGCUACUAUGACAUUUUUUUAAAAAAUAUUUAUACCUUUUAGAUACAGCAACUGAAAUGAAAAAUUUAAACUGAACAGCAACACAGUUUACUAAUCUGCCUCCAAUUUAUGUAGCCAAGAAAUACACCAAUUUUACGAAGUAU